AUGCAACCCGGUUAUCAAAUACAACUUCACGGCUUCUGCGAUGCUAGUGGCAAUAUCACUAGUCACAUUAUCGCAUCAAAAACUAAAGUGGCACCAUUACAUUCGGUAACAGUACCCCGAUUGGAACUUUGUGCUGUGCAAUUGUUGGCUACUCUUUUACACGAAACAAGGCAGGCUUUGCAUUUGGAGCACGUACCAUACACUCUAUACUCCGACUCAAAUAUUGCUCUAUGUUGGCUACGCAAAAACACAUCACAAUUAAAGCAGUACGUGGCUAAUCGCGUUGACUGCAUUCAAUCGAUGACAGAUAUCAGGCAUUGA